CCUUAGCCGUCGUCUGCUAAGAGUAUAUAAUAGUCACCGACCAAUCUCAGUCGCUUAUUGGCAGGAAGAAUUUUCACAGUGAGACAAAUACGGUCCCUAUCUUGUAGCUCAGCUGCCAUGUCUGUGACUAAGGUCUUUGCUCGCUCCAUCUUUGACUCCCGUGGUAACCCCACGGUAGAAGUUGAUCUCUACACUGCCAAAGGCCUCUUUAGGGCUGCUGUGCCUUCAGGAGCAUCCACUGGUGUGCAUGAGGCCCUGGAGAUGCGUGAUGGCGACAAGAAGCUCUACCACGGCAAGAGCGUCUUCAAUGCUGUCAAGAAUGUUAAUGAUGUCAUUGGACCUGAGCUCAUCAAGUCUGGCCUUCAGGUCACCCAGCAAAAGGAGAUUGAUGAAUUCAUGAUCAAGUUGGAUGGGACUGAGAACAAGAGCAAACUUGGUGCCAAUGCCAUCCUGGGCGUCUCGCUCGCUGUGUGCAAGGCUGGUGCUGCUGAACUCGGCCUGCCUCUCUACAGGCACCUUGCUAAUCUGGCCAACUACAAGGACGUGAUCCUGCCUGUGCCUGCCUUCAACGUGAUCAACGGCGGCUCUCAUGCGGGCAACAAACUCGCCAUGCAGGAGUUCAUGAUCUUGCCUACCGGAGCCUCGUCCUUCACGGAGGCCAUGCGCAUGGGCACUGAGAUCUACCAUCACCUCAAGGCCGUCAUCAAGUCUAAGUUUGGCUUGGACGCCACGGCAGUUGGUGACGAGGGUGGCUUUGCUCCCAACAUUCUUAACAACAAGGAUGCUCUUAGCCUGAUCACGGACGCCAUUGAGCGCGCCGGAUACACGGGCAAGAUCGAGAUCGGCAUGGACGUGGCCGCGUCUGAGUUCUACAAGGGCAACAACAUCUACGAUCUCGACUUCAAAACUGAGAACAAUGACGGCUCGCAGAAGAUCUCUGGCGAGCAGCUCUGUGACUUGUACACGAGCUUCUGCAAAGAUUUCCCCAUCACUUCCAUUGAGGAUCCCUUCGACCAGGAUGACUGGGACAACUGGACCCGGAUGACUGCAGGUACCAACAUCCAGAUCGUUGGUGAUGACCUGACGGUGACCAACCCCAAGCGUAUCACCACCGCCGUCGAGAAGAAGGCCUGCAAUUGCCUCCUGCUGAAGGUGAACCAAAUCGGCUCCGUCACCGAGAGCAUCAACGCUCAUCUGCUCGCCAAGAGCAACGGAUGGGGCACCAUGGUCUCCCACAGGUCUGGUGAGACCGAGGACACGUUCAUCGCUGAUCUGGUGGUCGGCCUGUGCACCGGCCAGAUCAAGACCGGCGCCCCAUGCCGCUCUGAGCGUCUUGCCAAGUACAACCAAAUUCUGCGUAUCGAGGAGGAGCUCGGCGCCAGCGCCAAGUAUGCCGGCAAGAGCUUCAGGAUGCCGUGCUAAUUCCUCAAUGUUUGACCCAGCAAGCAGUUUUCCUGGUUCUUGUGUGAAGUAUGUGGAUGACUCAAUGGGUUAAAGGGAGUAUUUCCGGCAAAGUUCUUUGACCGUUUCUAUUUCGAAGAAGCUAGCUAGGAAAUUUUAAGUGCUUUUAGAGGUUAAAGAGGAAAAAGAUCUGGAGAAACGGAUGUGUAUUAAAACGGUAGAAUUGAAGGUUUUUUUCCCGGUAAUUGGUCAUUCUAUGAGUCGAAUAGCUACGCAUUUGGGUAGUAAAUCGGGGGCCUUCUUGUCAAUGCAGGUAUGCAUUGCAGUUUAGCGUGGCCAGGUUCUGCUUGCUGGAGGAACAGAUACUUGUUGAUAUCGUUGUGCAUGUUCAUCGUAAAAUGAUUCUUGUGAGGUAGUUAUAACCUCUUCACUCUUCAGCUUAUACUUUUAGCUGGCUAGUCUUCUCCGUAUGGCAGUCAUUCCUCCAUAAGAUGGUUUUGUUAGUGCAAUGUUUCGCUUUACUCCUCUGAUUUGCAAUCCACAAAUUACCAUUAUUCUUUUACGCUGAAAGGUUAAUAACAGACCGGAGAGAGGUGAUUAACAUUGAACUAUAAUACUUUAAGUGAACAAUAUUAUAUGAAAGUGAAAUUAUUCAAAAUUUUCGCCAAGCGAAAUCUAACCGUAGCUGCAGAUAUUGGCAUAAGCCUAUAUAACCGUAGCUGCACAGAUACUGGAAUAAGCUGUUAUGGUUUGAUUAUGUAACUAGGUACAUCCCAUCACUCUUAAACCGUAAGUCAAAAGGUUAAGAAA